CCAAUCUCCACUACAUCUUCUGAAGCCAAAGAAUCUGAAGUUCCCUCUACUACAUUGCUGCCCGCUUCGCUUGUGACUGUUGCAGGUGAAGGAACAACCGUUGAAGGAGUUUUAAUAACCACGCCAACAACAGCAGGGCCUAUUGAAGCCAGUGGGGAAGAACCAGCUGUGAGUAAUGUUGUGCCCAAUGUUGCAGCAAAUGUGGACGGGGAGGGAACCACAGCUGCAGCAGAGACGAGCGAGCCUGUUUCCACCACUCCAUUCGGAACUGAAGAAUCUACAACUGUGCCGACUACGCUUCUGCCCGUUUCACACGUGAUUGUUGCAAAUGAAGGAACAACUGUAGAAGGAGUUUUAAUAACCACGUCAACAACAGCAGGGCCUUCAUUCGUAACUGAAGGAAGCGGAGAAACACAUAUUGCUGAGGCACACUCUGAAGAUUCCCUGGCGCCGUCAAAUGUUGUAGCACAUGUUGAAAAAGAAGCGUCCACUACAACGGCAACAGUUUCACAGACUACAUCCGAGGAAGAAAAGGCGGUCACUGCUGUGUUUUCCGAGGCCAAUGAAGACGAAUCCCAUAAAAGUAUUGAAGCAGGAAGCGUUGAAGCUAACAUUGAUGAAAAACCAACUACACUAACAUCAUCGUCACCUAAUCAGGAGACAACCACAGAAGUCGUCCUCGUUGCAACAGGAGUUGACCUCUCCGUCUCUGGCACACCUUUUACCGCACCUCCGUCGACAAAUGAUGAAUCUGCAAUCUUAUCCUCAACUUCCGAGCCGGAAGAACAUAGAACAACUGAAGAUUCUACAGAACACCAUUUCGCAGAGUCUACGACUGUAAAACAUAUUGAAUCCAGUGGGGAAGAACCAGCGGCAAGCAGCAGAAUUCCAAAUAUCGGAGAGAGCAUGGACGAAUCAACAACGGCAACGUUCUCGAAUAGCCCUACAGAAACAGUUUCCACGUCCGGUGCAGUGGGCGACUUAUUUUCGAGCACGCUUUCCACCAUAACCCCAUCUGCAGCAGUAGAACACUUACCAUUUUCCUCUGCUCCCACUUCAUUCGCACCAGUAAUGACUGUAGAAUUAAUAACCACUGAAGCUUCUUCUGAAACAUCUACGACAGCAGCGCACCACGAAUCAAGUGUCGAUCAUCACUUUAGUGUAGAAACAACUCCAUCUGUAGGAGAAACAGUUACUUCGUCCACAUCCGUUGAAGCUAGUGGAGAGGAACAGGAGAACGUUAACAAGCUGCCAAACGUUGCAGCCAGUAUAGAUGAUGCAAGUCUUGCAAAAACGGUGGCAGAAUCUACUCUAGCGAGCGCGCCAACACCAACCACUUCAUACGCCGUAGUAUCAUCGGCGGUGGACGAAUCUGUCGCGGCUUCUUCUACUCCGAUGCCGCCCUCGUUUGUCAUUGAAAACGAACCAGAGAAAACUGCAGCUGAAAGUCGAAUCGAGAAAACAACGGCAACACCGAAUGAAGCCAGUGAAGAAGAACAAGCUGAACGCCACACAGUGCCAAACCUGGAAAACGUCGACGAAGCAACAACCAUAGCAAUUGUCCAGAGCGUUUCGACAGAAGCGCCUUCGGAUCAUACAACAACUGUGGUAGCCUCCAACGGAUUAGAGACGAGCACCCCUAUUGUCGUUGUCUUUUCAGGAGAAAUCUGA